AUGUCUGAUGUACGGAAAGAAGUGGACCACGACACAGUUCUCGUCGCCGGCGAGCCUCCAGCCAUGCAGCAGCAGCAGUACCGCGCGCUGGGAGACGUGCUGCAGCGCCACAAGCACACCGUGGUGGUGGACCUGCUGCCCCCGGCCUACACGCGCGCCGCCUCGCCGCACAAGCCCGCCCCCGCCGCCCCCGCCGCCGCCGCCGGCCAGGACGGCCUCAAGGACGGGGGCUCUCAGCAGGCGGACCAGGCCAUCAGGAGGUACCGCACCGCCUUCACCAGGGACCAGCUGGCUCGGCUCGAGAAGGAGUUCUUCAAGGAGAACUACGUGUCCCGGCCGCGGCGCUGCGAGCUGGCGGCGCAGCUCAACCUGCCCGAGUCCACCAUCAAGGUGUGGUUCCAGAACCGCCGCAUGAAGGACAAGCGCCAGCGCAUGGCCAUGGCGUGGCCCUACGCCGUGUACACCGACCCCGCUUUCGCCGCCUCCAUCCUGCAGGCGGCCGCCAGCGCCGGGGGCCUGCCCGGCAUAGCCGCCGCCGCCUCCUACUACCCCUACUACCAGCACCCGACGCUGCCCCGCUACUCGCCCUACCCGCACCCCGCGCCCUUGCUGCCGCCGGCCGCGCGAUACCCGGCGCCUCCACCAUUGCCGCCGCCGGCGCCCUACCUCAGCCCGGCGCGCUCCGACAACAGCGGCCCCGACGACGACAACUGCGACGGCUCUCCCAGCUGCCGCUGCGGCAUCGUCAACUGCGUGGCGGGGGCGGGCCCGGUGUUCGCCCCGCCCCCUCUGGCCCCGCCCACCGCCGCCUCGCUGCUCAAGAGCGGCCCCGCCCCGCACAAGCUGUUCCAGCCCUACAAGACGGACCUGGCGGAGCACACGUAG